AUGAGCUUCGGGUUCAGGACUCCCGCAAAGCGGAUCAUGGACAAACCCGAGUCCCCAAAGGCCCCGGAAAAACCGAGAGGCAGCCCAAGCUCCCAAGCCAAUGUUAGGCUGAGUAUAGACGCCUGGGAAGCGGGAGAAAUAAUUAACUUGACGCAAGUCACACCCCCCUCACAACCAAAACCAGAAGAAGCGCCUCCCCCCAAAUCUACCCAACGCAAGAGGGCCCCCACACAAGGAGCACGGGCUAAAAUAAGUGACUCACCACUACUUCCCUCUACACCGGUCACCAGAGCGGCUAAAGCCAGAACCUGGGUGACGAAAGGCAAAACCUAUCUCAGUGAAUCAAAAAACAUGAAGACUGAACUGAAGAACGGCCUCAUCGCUGCCUUAGACAAUCUCUACAGAUGUUAUAAGGAAGCGGAGGCGGACAAAACAGUAACAUGGGGAACGGUGGAGACGGGGAGAGAGCAGGGUGAGGAGGAAAAGGGAAAGGAACAGCAGACGAUAGGGACCGGGAAUAUUGACGAAGAAGUACAGGAUAGGAUAAUAGGGAAGAUUGAGGAACAGACCCGGCUACUCCUGGAACACGGAAAAAAGCUUGACGAAUUAAGAGAGACCCUGGAGAAAAAGAACGAAGAUGCACAGAUACUCUCGUACGCCAGUGUGGUGGCAGGACCGCCCAAGAGGGUCACCUCAGAACGGACUGCGCUACACUCGGUAGUUAUCACAUCCGCAGAUAAGGAAGAAACGGGAGAAGAAAUACUGGACCGAGUUAGAAAAGCUGUAAAUGCUAAGGAUGGAGGGAUAGAGGUAGAAAGGGUACGGAAAGCUAAGGAUAGAAAAAUUAUCCUAGGCUGUAAAAGCAAGGAGGAGAGGAAGAGGGUUAAGGACCGACUGGAGAGUGCGGGACAACACCUCAGCGUCGAGGAAGUGAAAAACAAGGACCCGAUGCUGAUCUUCCGGGGCGUCCUCCGCAUUCACUCAGAUGAGGAAGUGCUGAGGGCGCUGCGGAACCAGAACCGGGACAUUUUUCAUGGCCUCGACGCAGAGGAAAAUAGAGUCACAGUUAAAUACAGAAGGAACGCCAGAAACCCCAGUACGAACAACAUAAUCGUCACCACGUCACCAACUAUCUGGAACCGAGCGCUGAACAAGGGUAGAGUCCGCAUUGAUCUGCAGACGAUUUACGUGGAGGAUCAGUCUCCCCUGGUGCAGUGCACGCGAUGUCUGGGCUACGGGCAUGGAAGAAGGUUCUGUAAGGAACCAGCGGAUCUGUGCAGCCACUGCGCGGGCCCACACCUUAGAGCAGAAUGCCCCCAAAGAACAGUGGGCGCGGUCCCAGAGUGCCGGAACUGCAUGAAAGCUGAUCUGGAGGAUGCAGCCCACAAUGCAUUCAGCAACCAAUGUCCCACGCGCAUGAAAUGGGAUAGACUGGCGCGAGCAUCAAGGAAGAAGCUGGCGACCCAGGAGCUCAUGAUUGAGGCCGGAAAGCGCAAGGCAACCGCAGCGCUAAUCCAGGAACCCUAUGUGGGCGGAGCAACGAAGAUGAGCGGGUUUAGAGGCGUUAGAGUCUUCCAAAGCACUAGGCCAGGAAGCGGGACCGUUAAGGCGGCAAUAGCCAUUUUCGAUCCGGACCUUAACGUGAUACAGUACCCAGAACUCACCACGGAAAACAUCGUCGUGGUGGGGAUCCAAACCAGUGCCUGGAAACUCACGUUAGUCUCGUUCUACUUCGAGCCAGACCAGCCACUAGGGCCCUACCUGGAUGUCCUCAAAAAGGUUGAAAACAAGACGGGACCUAACAGGCUCAUAGUGGGAGGAGACGCCAACGCCUGGAGUAUCUGGUGGGGAAGCAGGGAAACCAACGAUAGGGGUGACGAGAUGCUGGGAGCUCUCGACCAGCUUGGACUACAGAUACUCAACACAGGGGAAACUCCAACCUUCGACGUGAUCAGAGGAGAAAGGCGCUACACCAGCUGCGUUGAUAUUACGGCCUGCACAGCGGACAUGUUGUCGAUGAUAGAUAGCUGGAGAGUAGUCGAAGAUUUGACGGGGUCGGACCAUAACGGCAUAGAGUUUCAAGUCAAUCUGAAAAGGUCGAAAGGCAUAAGCGUAAACCGUACUACAAGGGUCUACAACACCAAAAAGACUGAUUGGGUCCAGUUCCACGCAAAGCUGAAUGAAGUCAUGCUGGAACAAAACAUCACACCGGCAAAAAUAGCUAAAAUAAACAGUACCCAAGAAAUUGAACAAGCUGUAAAAACCAUAACUUCAGCUGCAACCGAAGCAAGUUCCCACGCUAUGCCUAAAAAGAAAAACACAGAUAAACUCACCGUGCCGUGGUGGUCCGAUGAGCUAGCCAGCCUGAAGAAGGAAGUCGCAACGAGAAAGAGGAGGAUCCGGUGUGCAGCGUCAAUCAGGAGACCGAAGGUUGUUGAGGAGUACCUGAAACACAAAGAGAAGUAUGAGUUAGAAGUGGUCAAAGCGCAGGUCGGGAGCUGGAAGGAUUUCUGCGGGAAACAGACUAGAGAAGGCAUGUGGGAAGGGAUAUACAGGGUGAUAGGGAGGACAUCCAAAAGGGAAGAGGACGUGCCGAUGGUGAGGGACGGAGUAGUCUUGGACGCGGCGAAUUCGGCGCGAUAUCUGGCCGAGACUUUCUACCCAAGGGACGAUAGGGAAAAAGACAACGACGAGCAUAGGGCAAUAAGAAAGAGGGCGGAAAUGACGAAUGAAGGGAAGCAAGGUGAGUCUUGCGACCCUCCAUUCACUGCAGACGAACUCCUAAGAGCCACAAAGUCUUUCAACCCGAAGAAAGCACCAGGUUCAGACGGACUAACAGCAGACAUAUGGGACCACCUAAUCAGUAGCAACACAGACACCAUCUUGCGUUUGAUGAAUAAAUGCUUGACGCAUCAAUACUUCCCUCGAUCGUGGAAGGAGGCGACGGUUAUUGUGCUUCGCAAACCCGGGAAAGAAUGCUAUGAUUCCCCCAAAUCCUAUAGGCCGAUUGGGCUCUUGCCUGUGUUGGGGAAAAUUUAUGAAAAGAUGAUCGUGGCCCGACUCAAGUUCCACUUACUGCCGAAAAUGAGUACUCGCCAGUACGGCUUUAUGCCCCAGAAAAGCACUGAGGACUCCCUUUAUACGCUGAUAAAUCAAGUAAGAACCAAACUCGAGGAGAAGAAAAUUAUAACCCUUGUGUCACUGGAUAUAGAGGGGGCCUUCGACAGCGCAUGGUGGCCUAAAAUAAAGGUACGACUGGCUGAGGAAAGGUGUCCGGCAAACUUAAGGAAGGUCGUUGAAAGUUACUUGAGCGAAAGAACGGUGAGUGUAAGGUACGGGGGCGCGGAGUACAAAACCAGAACCGAAAAGGGAUGCGUCCAGGGGUCAAUAGGUGGUCCCAUACUCUGGAACCUGCUGCUGGAUCCCUUGUUGAAGGGGCUAGAGGAACGCGGGCAUCAGUGCCAAGCGUUCGCUGAUGACGUCGUACUUAUAUUCGACGCACACACUGCACAAGAAAUACAAAGACAUGCCAAUGCCGCUCUCGAGUAUGUUCGGGUGUGGGGAGUUAUGAAUAAGCUCAAAUUCGCACCGCAUAAGACCAGCGCAAUGCUGGUGACGCGGAAGCUUAAGCAUGACACCCCGCACCUGACCAUGGGAGGGAUCGACAUUGCCAUGUCCAAACAGAUCAAACUUUUAGGCCUCACUAUCGAUAAUAAAUUAACCUUCAACACACACGUCGCCAACGUCUGCAGCAAGGCAGUUGGUAUCUACAAACAGUUGUCUAGGGCCGCAAGAGUGAGCUGGGGUCUUCAUCCGGAAGUGAUACGCAGCAUAUACACCGCAGUGAUAGAGCCUAUCGUCUUGUACGCUGCAAGCGCAUGGGCGCCGGCGUCCAACAAACUGGGAGUGAGGUCUAAGCUGAACAGUGUUCAGCGAAGCUUCGCCCAGAAGAUGUGCCGUGCAUAUCGCACGGUAUCCCUAAACUCGGCACUGGUGUUGGCUGGGAUACUCCCCUUGGACCUGCGCAUACAGGAGGCUGCCUCGCUGUAUGAGGCCCGAAGGGGAGUAUGCCACCCAGCGCUGGCGGGCGGGGAUAUCGAGCGUGUUGCAUCGGCACUCCAGAUGCCGCACCCAGCGGAACGGAGAGCGAUAGAGCUGCGUCACCUGGUGGACGAGGAACAGUAUCGCGACAACAGCGACUUUCAAGUUCGCAUCUUCACGGAUGGCAGCAAGAUUGAGGGAAAGGUCGGAGCCGCACUAUCCAUCUGGACUGGUGCGGCGGAGACGAAAACCCGAAAGCUUGCUCUGCCAUCCUAUUGUACCGUCUACCAGGCCGAGCUUCUCGCUCUCUGUGAAGCCACUCGGGAAGCCCUGAAGCGUAGAGAGACCAGCUUUGCCAUAUAUAGCGACUCUAUGGCAGCCCUCCUCACAGUCGUGAACCCCGAAGCCCUCCAUCCUCUUGCCGUGGAUUCAAGAGACGCCAUUUAUCGCAGUAGCAUCCAGAACAAGAGCGUCUCCUUGUUCUGGAUAAAAGCUCACGCGGGGUUGGAGGGUAACGAGAGAGCCGACUCGCUCGCAAAGGAGGCUGCCCUAAAGUCCAAACGCAAGCCGGACUACGAUAUGUACCCGGUAUCAUUCGUCAAGCGUUUUAUCCGAAUGGAUACGCUUGACGAAUGGAACCGGAGAUACAGCACGGGGCACACAGCGUCCACCACCAAGCUGUUCUUCCCGAGUGCGGUUGAGGCGUACAGGACGAUACGCAAGCUGAGCAUCACCAAGGAGUUGACCCAGGCUCUAACGGGGCACGGUGGUUUCUCUGAGUAUUUGACUCGCUUCAAAUGCAAAGAGAACCCAGCGUGCGCCUGCGACCCUAACACCGAGGAAACUGUCCCCCAUCUGCUUGUAGAGUGCCCGAUAUAUGGUAAAGAUAGAUUCGAUCUGGAACAAAAAACAGGUUACAAAAUAGAAAUCAGUAACUUAAACGAACUUGUGACUGAUAAGAAGUUUAACGAGACAUUUAGGACUGGAAUGGAUGUGUUCGGAGAGUAG